AUGUCAUUUCAUAGAUCCAGUGGAAGUCCUACACGUGGCUAUACUGAAUUUGAUCCUGAAACUGGUGAUGGAAUUGGUAGAAAAAAGUCGCUUGUGAGACCAGAAAGAACACUUUUAGAUGAAAACCAUCCAAGGUUUCACUAUACCCAAGUUGCCAAUCAAGAGGCUGAUCAUAUAAAAGUACAACCUUCGUCUACGGGUCUAGAUCCAUCGAGAUCAAAUGAAUUGGGUCGUUCAAGAUCACAUCUCAGUGCUUACACUUCAAACAGAUUUGAUGCAAAUCACCUUGAUGAUGAUACAGAGGGUAUUCCGUUGAUGGAUAUUCAUGAUUCUUCACCUCAGGGAAGUCCCAAUACCCACGAUUUGAAAGGAGGUAGAGAAGUUUAUGGAUUGAAUGAUGAAAUCAAGGAUUAUUCCCAAUCGCCUCUGAAGAGCAAAGUUAUAUCCAAUGGUAUACCUAGACCACAAGUUCAAGGUACCAAAAACCGGAAAAAGGAUGCCGACAAGAGCGAUAUUUAUUUCUGGAAGGUUUAUUGUUAUGCAAUUACUUUUUGGGCACCAGCUCCCUUGUUGAAGCUAUUUGGACUUCGAACCAAAGAUCGUCAAUUUGCAUGGAGGGAAAAAAUUGGAUUGAUUUCGUGUAUCUUGUACAUUGGUGCAUUUGUGGCGUAUUUGACUUUUGGUUUCACCAAAACUGUUUGUUCAACUGAACGUGUUAGAACCAGAAUCAAUGAGGUCAAUCACGGAUAUUUGAUCAUUAAUGGUAGAUCAUUUGAUUUGACCUCGUCAAAACAUCCAGCUGCAGCAGGAAUUGGUGCUGGUUCAAAUGUGUUGUAUCCACCCAUUAAUGCUGGUGGCAAAGAUGCUUCAUUUUUGUUUCAAAAUGUUAAUGGAAAUUGCAAGAAUUUAAUUAAACCAAGGGACAAUUGUACUAUCCCUUACAAUGAUGACAAUGAACUUGCAUGGUAUAUGCCAUGCAGAGUAUUUAGUCAGGAUGGAUCUGACGACGUCAAUAACACCAAUGCAUAUUAUAAUGGUUGGGCUUGUCAUACAAGUGAAACUGCUCGAAAAGCAUACUAUAGCUUGAAAGUAUCUGGUGAUGUUUAUUUCACGUGGGAUGACAUCAAAAAUUCUUCAAGAAACUUGGUUGUGUACUCGGGAAAUGUAUUGGAUCUCAACUUGAUCAAUUGGAUUCAACAUGAUGAUGUGACAUACCCAGACCUUUUCAACAAGUUACGUGAUGAUUCUACAUACCGUGGCAUUGAUAUCUCGUUAGUAUUGACAGACCCUAGUGAACGUCAAGCAGCAAGGUGUCUUACCGAGAUUAUCAAGGUUGGAUCAAUUGAUUCAGAUACAAUUGGAUGCAUUGCGUCGCAGAUUGUAUUAAUUGUGUCGUUGGUGUUUAUCUUGUCAGUGGUUAUUGUCAAGUUUGUUAUGGCGUGUUGGUUUAGAUGGGUUACUUCGAGAAAACAGGGUGCAACCGAGUAUGAUAACAAAACAAUGGCGGCACGGAACAAGGCUAUUGAAAAUUGGGUUGACAAUAGUGCUGCCGGUAUGGGACCCGAAAUCAAGACUGUUCCAGUUAAAGCAAGAGCCAAUUACAAAGCUGCCAAGACAAAUAGGCAGAGCGUGUUUCAAAGAGCACAGAGACUUGCUUUGGGACCAAAUGCAGACUUGUCGCAGUAUUAUGAUAAUCCAAGCGCCCUUUCAAAGACAUUCAAGUACACUACUAUGUCAACUCAAGCAGCUCUUUUGGGUAAGAAUGGAUAUGGUAAAAAGAACACUUUGAUGGGGAACAGCGGUGUUGGUACCGGUAAAAACAGUACUAGACAAUCAACAUUGUAUUUAAAUGACCAAGGUUCAUCAACUGAUUUGUUAAAUCGUCCGUUGACAACAUACAACCCUUUUGAUGGUUUUGAAGAUUCGGUUGUGCAUCGUUUAUCUCCAGAUAUUAUUCAUCCCGACGUUGUGCCUCAACCACCAGUUGAGUAUCAACCAUUUGGAUACCCAUUGGUUCACUCGAUCAACUUGGUUACUUGUUACUCCGAAGAUGAAGAUGGUAUCCGUACAACAUUGGAUUCUGUAGCCACCACUGAUUAUCCAAACUCGCACAAACUUAUUCUUGUUGUCUGUGAUGGUAUAAUCAAAGGUUCAGGAAAUGAUAGAACAACACCAGAUAUUGUUUUGGAUAUGAUGUCAGACUUGACGGUUCCAAGAGAUGAAGUUCAAGCUUAUUCGUAUGUGGCUGUCGCUCAAGGUAGUAAACGUCACAAUAUGGCCAAAGUAUAUGCUGGUUUUUACAACUACAAUGAUGAGACUGUUCCCCCCGAGAAACAACAACGUGUGCCCAUGCUUACUGUCGUCAAGUGUGGUACACCAGAGGAAGCCAAUAUGCCUAAACCUGGUAACAGAGGUAAACGUGAUUCUCAAAUCAUUUUGAUGUCAUUUUUACAAAAAGUUGUAUUUGAUGAAAGAAUGACCAGUUUGGAAUUUGAAAUGUUUUCCAGUAUUUGGCGAAUUACAGGAUUAAUGGCGGAAUUUUAUGAAAUUGUGCUCAUGGUUGAUGCUGAUACCAAAGUUUAUCCUGAUUCAUUGACUCAUAUGGCUGCUGAAAUGGUUAAGGACCCCAUGAUUAUGGGAUUGUGUGGAGAAACAAAAAUUUCAAACAAAUCUCAAACAUGGGUCACGGCAAUUCAAGUGUUUGAAUAUUACAUUUCCCAUCACCAAGCCAAAGCGUUUGAAUCAAUCUUUGGUGGUGUAACCUGUUUGCCAGGAUGUUUCUCAAUGUACAGAAUUAAAGCGCCAAAGGGAUCAGAUGGAUAUUGGGUGCCCAUUUUGGCUAAUCCUGACAUUGUUGAAAGAUACUCCGAUAACGUUGUUGACACUUUGCACAAAAAGAAUUUAUUGUUAUUGGGUGAAGAUCGAUUUCUUUCGUCCUUGAUGUUGAGAACAUUCCCAAAGAGAAAACAAGUGUUUGUUCCUAAAGCUGCUUGUAAAACCAUUGUUCCUGACAAGUUUUCUGUGUUGUUGUCACAACGUCGUAGAUGGAUUAACUCAACGGUGCACAAUUUAAUGGAAUUGGUUUUGGUUAAUGAUCUUUGUGGAACUUUUUGUUUUUCAAUGCAAUUUGUCAUUUUCAUCGAAUUGGUUGGUACGUUGGUGUUACCAGCAGCUAUUUCCUUCACCAUCUAUGUUAUUAUUGUUGCCAUUAUUUCCAAGCCCACGCCAAUUAUGUCUUUGGUUUUAUUGGCGGUCAUUUUCGGUUUACCUGGUUGUUUAAUUGUUAUUACGAUUUCGUCAAUGUCGUACAUUAUUUAUUUUUUCAUUUACUUGAUUGCUUUACCAAUUUGGAAUUUUGUUCUUCCUUCGUAUGCAUAUUGGAAAUUUGAUGAUUUCAGUUGGGGUGAAACAAGAACUGUUGCUGGUGGUGAUAAAGGACAGGAUCAUGGUGGUACUGAAGGUGUGUUUGAUGCAUCAAAGAUUAAAAUGAGGAGAUGGAGAGAAUGGGAGAGGGAACGUAGAAGUGCUGAAUAUGUGCCUGUUGGAGGUGAAGCUGGUGCUGGUGUUGGCGCUGAUGAUAGUUUGAAUGCCAGUCCCUAUGGCAGAAGUCAAGUGCAAAAUUUGUCCAUGCCUUCAGCUGUAUGGGAUCCAUCGAAUAAUGAAAAGUUAAUUGAUGGUUUUGAUCAAGAGGGAUCAUCUUCAGGGUCUAGUUAA